GAUAUGAAAGUCUUGAAGAAUAACUCAUUGAUCAAUCUCCAACAAGGCAUAGAGUUGGUCGUGCAAACCUUGCAUAGAAGUUAUUCAGGGGGAAAACGUGCGCUUUACUCCUUAAACGUCAAUUUAUUGUUUUUACUUGGACGAGCAAACAGGGCAGCUGCAAUGUGGAUUCAAGUUCGUACAAUGGAUGGGAAGGAAACCCACCGGGUGGAUUCCCUGUCCAAACUCACCAAGGUGGAUGAGCUGCGUGUCAAAAUCAUGGAGCUUUUUAAGGUGGAGCCAGAGAGGCAGAGGCUGUUCUACCGCGGCAAGCAGAUGGAGGAUGGCCACACCAUAUUUGACUACAACGUGGGCCUAAACGACAUAGUGCAGCUGCUUGUCAGGCAGAAGGCGCCCCCUGUUGAUGUCGUCAAAAGCAAGGACAAAGAAGCUGAGCUCUCCGACUCUGAUUCUGGUUGUGGCUCAACCCAGAGUGAGUCUGACAAGAGCUCAACUCACGGCGAGGUAGAGGGUCAGACUGCCGGCACUUCUGCCCAGACAAACACCCCAGAGCUCGUCGAUCCGGGGUUUGGAUUUUACAAGAUCAAUGAGCUGGUUGAUGCAAGGGACUUGAACAUGGGGGCGUGGUUUGAGGCCCAGAUCGUGAAUGUUACUAAGACAACAAAGACUCCUGAAGAGGCCGCUGAGGCACAGCCAGCAGAGGAGGAGAUACUAUACCAUGUUAAAUAUGAAGACUACCCAGAGAACGGGGUGGUUCCGUUGCUGGUCAAGGAUGUUCGUCCACGGGCUCGUACAGUGUAUCAGUGGCACCAGCUGGAGGCAGGAAUGAUCGUCAUGGUCAACUACAACCCAGACGACCCCAAGGAGCGUGGCUACUGGUACGACGCAAAGAUCCAGAGGAAGAGGGAGACGCGUACCCAGCGAGAGGUCUAUGCCAAAAUUCUCCUUGGUGAUGCUGGUGACUCGCUCAAUGACUGUCGGAUCAUGUUCCUGACUGAAAUCUACAAAAUUGAGGAGCCAGGUUCUCCAGGUGACACGCCAGCUGGAUCUGAGAGUCCGCUGAAAAGAUCAAAUGGACCUGAGUGCAAGCAUUGUAAGGAUGAUCCCAAGAAAAACUGCCAGUGGUGUAACUGCCAUAUCUGUGGCAUCAAGCAGGAUCCUGACAAACAGUUGCUGUGUGAUGAAUGUGACAUGGCCUAUCACACUUACUGCCUGAACCCUCCGCUCACCUCCAUCCCAGAAGACGAGGACUGGUAUUGCCCAGGUUGCCGUAAUGACGCCAGUGAGGUUGUGUUAGCUGGAGAGAAGCUGAAGGAGAGCAAGAAGAAAGCUAAAAUGGCAUCUGCCAGCUCCUCCAGCCAGAGGGACUGGGGGAAGGGAAUGGCUUGUGUUGGUCGAACCAAGCAAUGCACCAUUGUCCCGUCCAACCAUUACGGCCCGAUCCCCGGCAUCCCUGUCGGUUCCCUGUGGAAGUUCAGAGUGCAGGUCAGUGAAUCUGGCGUCCACAGACCACACGUAGCCGGGAUUCAUGGCAGGAGCAACGAUGGUGCCUACUCUCUGGUCCUUGCAGGAGGCUAUGAGGAUGAUGUGGAUGAUGGCAAUGAGUUCACUUACACUGGCUCUGGAGGGCGUGAUCUCUCUGGAAACAAGAGGACUGCUGAGCAAUCCUGUGAUCAGACACUGACCCACAUGAACCGGGCGCUGGCUCUCAACUGCAACAUCCCUGUCAAUGACAAAAAUGGAGCAGAGGCAAAGAACUGGAAGGAAGGCAAACCGGUGAGAGUGGUGCGCAGCUGCAAGGGUCGCAAGCACAGCAAAUACAGCCCUGAGGAAGGAAACCGAUACGAUGGCAUAUAUAAGGUGGUGAAGUACUGGCCAGACAAGGGCAAGUCUGGCUUCUUGGUGUGGAGGUAUCUGCUUAAGCGUGAUGACGAUGAGCCAGCACCAUGGACCAGAGAUGGCAAGGAACGCAUCAAGAAGCUCGGUCUCACCAUGCAGUAUCCUGCUGGUUAUCAGAAAGAAAAAGAGAACAAAAAUGAAGUGGAGGAAGAGGCGGCGACACCCAGCAAGGCGAAGAGGAAGAGAAAAUCUCAGGGCAGCGAAUCCGCAAAGACCUCACCAGCCAAGGCUCCCAAGAAAAUAAAGGUAGAAGUGUACAAGCUUACCAAGGAGCAGAAAUCCCUCAUCAAGAAUGACGAGGCAAACAAGAAAGUGUGGGAUGAAGCCAUGGAGUCACUGUCACUUGGACCGAAAUUCUUGAGCAAAGUUGAAGAAGUUUUCCUCUGCAUUUGCUGCCAAGAAGUGGUCUAUCAGCCUAUCACCACAGAGUGCCAACACAAUGUCUGCAGGGAAUGCCUGCAGCGGUCCUUCAAAGCAGAGGUGUACACCUGCCCGGCCUGCAGGCACGACCUGGGCAAAAACUACUCCAUGGCUGUCAACAAACCCCUGCAAGACAUUCUAAGUCAGUUUUUCCCAGGGUACAGCAGUGGGCGAUGAUCAUUGGUUCUGCAUACUCAGUGCUCGAGAAAACACGAUGUAAACUGUAAGGGGAAUUUUCAGUAUAGGCAAUAAAGAAUCAGUUUCUCUUAAUAUAUUUUUAUGACUAUAAAACUACAAUUUUUGUGGACUUCAGUGCUACCAUUUUUCACCUUGGAUCUGCCAUGAGGCGUAGUUGAUGAUAAAUUGAAAAUUCCUUUGUAACUGUACCAUUACACCGUUAAUACCUUCAAACAUCAUUUUUACUCCCAGCGUUUCGUUUUGUUCCAUUAACUAAUGCUAAUGUUAUCCAUAUUGUAAAAUGUUACUUAACUAAAUCCCUCCAUAUCUAGUAAUCCUUAAGAACAUUAAGUCAAAAGUGGUUUAGCCGUUUGCCCAACUUGUUUGGAGAUUCUUUUGUACAUGGCCUUUAUUAGAAUCUGCAUCGUAGCUGGUCUGCCGUUAGUUUGGGUGGGGUUGGUUGUCAUGUUGGUGCAAUUUUUACAGAAUCUCAUUAUGCAGUUGUUGGUCUACAUUCAAAUCUGACCUGGAAAGCUGUUGUCUCCUACAGCUAUGUCUGUACUUGUUUGUUUGUUUGCAAACACGAUAGCUUGAUUUCCUGUUAAAUCAUUUGACAAACUAGAGAAAAAUAGACUAUUGAGAUUAUAUUGAUUUGACAGGACUUCCAGAUGUGACACUUUGUUUGUUUGUCCUGGCAUGAUCAGACGAUUGAAAUUGUACCAACAUAUUUUUUUUUUUUUUUUCGAAAAGAAGCUUCCUGAAGCUAAAAGCUGCUCUGUAAAAUGUCGAACAUACAAACAAACUGAACCACUCGUUCAGCUACCUCUUCAGCAGUGUGAGAGGAAGUGUCUCGUCAGGGAGCGGUGUCAUCAAAUGUGGUUGGCUCUUGUGUAUUGGUUCCUCAUAUUUUAUAUUUUGUAAACAAAGUUUGAGGAAUUUGGUUUUCAAAAAUUUGUAUGAAGUUGAUAAAACAUUUGAAAGCUUAAACCCGAUGGAUUCUUAAAGCCAUUAUAUUCUGCUAUAUAUAUAUAUUUGGAUUUCCCCUUGAUUUUUAAAAGGUUCACUUUGAUAAAGCCCAAAGAAACAAGUGCUUAACCAAGUGUGUAAUGUAGGGCGCCCAUAUAUCUAGAUCUUUAGACAUUGUCCCUGAUACUCAAACCUAAUUGAGUCUAGAAACUUUAUUUGUAUCUUUCUGCUAAAAUUUGUACUUUUUAUUCAUCUUUUAUAAUCUAUUACUGCCAUCUGUGAGGGGUGGGGGGGUGGGGGGCUGUUGAGUCAGAUUUUUAUGUCUCCUGUGGUCACUUGUAAUACCUGACCAUAUUUUUUUACAAAAUGUUGGCUUUGCGUUAAUUCCACACACUGCUCCUGAAAUUUCAUAAUAAAUCAGCUAAAUUAUCUGAAUUUGUUAUAUUACUUUUGCCGUUUGCCUUUUUGUCUUUCUAAUGAAUAUAUGGUGUUGAAUUUCACCAGCAGUGUGCGACGGCGUCCAUCCACAUGCCAGCAUUUUGAGUUUUUAACGGAUAGACAAAGAUUUGCAUAGACAGGGAAAUGUAUAUUUUCAGAAAUUGUAUAAUUUUUAGUUCAUUUUUAGUUUUGAUAUGUAGUUUUAGAAUUGCUUGCACAUGUUUGGUGCAAAGAUUUGUCAAUACAUUUUCAGUGUUAUUCAAUAAAAAAA